AUGAUGACCACUGAGGAUGUGAUCUCAGCAAAUCAGGCUCGUCAACCGCAACGACGUCGCCCAUUUACAACCUGGGUCAAGAAACUCACCAACUUCAAGAACUCGUCAGACUCCGAAAGAGGCAAGCGACAUGCUAAACCCCGCCGAGGCGGCAAGCUGAAUAACCCGUAUCCUGAGUCGGGCACAGUCAGCCAAAAUCAUGGCAACAGGCAUCGACACAGCGAACACUCGUUCGCGACGCACCGAACCGGUGAUACUUCGACGGCUGGCCACUCUGGUCGAUAUUCGGUAGAUGACUUGGUGUCACCAACAGCUGGCGGAAGGAGUAUGGCUGGAACAAGUUCGACCGAGAAUGAUACUGCGCGGUCGAUUAAUGCCCCCAGUCAUGGCGCCAGCUCCUUGACAGGCACUGGCCGGACCAUGGGAGGAACUGUCGAGUCGAGGCGAGGUGGUGACAGCACGUUUUCGAGCCCAGCUCCAUCGGUUCGCUCUUUGACCACGACUUUGACGACAAUACAAUCCGUCGGGCCCAACAACAACACACAAGCAUCCCAGAGCCACCCAAGUGGUUCAAAUGGUCAUUCAAUACAGUUCACCCAGCCGUUCGCUACGCAGUCUCCAGCCUCUGCGAUACCCGCGCACCUGGCGCCACCAAACAAUCCGACGACAUAUACGACAGCGACCGCCAAUAACUUACUGACGGAUAACGCCUCUAUCCUAACCCUCGCUUCAUCUAGCAAGCGACGCAGGCGUAGGUCUAUGGACACAGAUGCAUCCGUGAGGGCGUUAGCACCGUCUUCCCUUUGGGGAGGCAGCCGUGAGAGCCUCCCGCUCAGCGUUCUUAGCUCAAAUGUUGAGGGCGGGGUUCCGGUAGUGCACCCCAGUGGACCACGACUUGGAGCGGAACGAAACAGCAUGUACUCGACUACGGGGGCCGCGGCUAUUACGAGCGACCGAAACAGCAUAUAUACAAAGCAAGGGGAUGGUGCUAGUGUGAGAAGCGGCCGCCUCGGCCACGGUCGGCCGGACAGCAUUGGUGGAGGAAUGGGCAUCCCGGGCACUCCUUUGGCCAGUCCUAUGGAGGUGCCAAGUGUCGGUGCACCAGCUCCAAGGUUGAAUGAGUAG